AUGAAUAGUAUUAGAUAUAAAAAAUCGGAUAAUCUACAUAUACCACCAAAUAAAUUCGAAAACUUGGCAGAAAAUGGUUCGAAUGUAGCUACUACUACAACUACAAAUGUUACAACAUCAACAGGGUUAACACCUUCAAGUACACUUCCCAUACCUUCCUCACAAUUAGUAAGUUAUAUUUUCCCAGAUAUCAGAGCUUUGUAUUAUUUAAACUUACACUUAUUCUCAAACUUAUGUUUUUGUGAAACGGAAGUUCCUGGUUUUGAAAUAUACAUCGUUGAACAAUGGGUUGCCGAUAGAAAACUUUCGAGUUUAAUCACUUCAUAUACGGGUAAUUCCCAAGACGUUAUAAAAGCUGUUCAAGUUCUAUUACCAAGUGACCCAGAACUUUGGCCCGGCUCUUUAAAAUUAUACUACGAAGAGUUGUUACAAUUUUCACAACCAAAAGUAACUUCAAGGGGAGCUUUAUUCGUUACAAACUUAUUCUCUGUCCCAUCUGUAUUAAAUUUGCUGCAUGUAGAAUGUGGUGACUUAAGAGCUAUUUGGGAUGAUUUUAAAGCUAACUUUGAUUUGAAAAAAUUGCAUUGUGGGGGUAGGUCGGCUCUAUUAUUAAAUGCUCCAUCAACUGCUGCAGAAGAAAAAUUUUCUCAAUUAUAUAAAAUACCAAUUGAUAAUCCAAAUUUUAACAAUUCAAAUUGUAGUCAAUUGACUUCCGAUAUUAGUGAUACUCAUUUUGGUUCUAAACAAAGCUAUAAACCUUAUUCUGUAGUAGAACUGGUUACAUUAGUACAAAUAUCGUUAAGUUAUUUUCAUCUCUUUAAAAAUAAUGAUCCAAAAGAUGGUAUUCUUUGUAAUGAUACUAAACGUGCUAUCGACGAUUGGUGGAAUCAGUACGGGAAAUUAUAUCUGGGUAUGGAAAAGCCAAGAAAUGAAAGUACAAUGGGCCCAACAACUGUUUCAGCGAUUAUUAGUUUAGUAUUGAGUUGCUAUUGCAAACUAGUUGUGACAGAUUGUAUUUCAUCGAAAGAUCCAUUUGAUGAAGAUGACUUCUAUAUUGGAAUCCAUAAUUUUCAAAAAAAAUAUGGGCUAGCUAAGAAUAAUAGUAUCACAUACUUGGAUCACCAAACAAUAGAGAAGCUUUGUGAAAUUUCAGCAAAGACAUCCAAUUCAGAUAUUUUCAAGUUUAAAAAAGUUGUUUCAACUACUGUUCAAGAUUUGAGAGGUAAGGGUAAUCGUGCAAAGUUCACGAAUGAAAUAUUAACUACAGAUAUAGACAAUUUAGUUAAACAUAUCAAUGACGGUGCCUUAGGUAUUCUUUGGAAAGGAUCUGGAAAAAGAUCCAGAAAUUCCUGCAGAAUUAAGGCUUACGGUGAAGGUAUUGUUAAUUUGAAAUUUGAGAAUGGUAACCCAACUAAAAUACUAGAAAAACAAGACCAAAAAAUCUUGCAAAGGAAACUACAAGAAUCUGAAAGAAAGCAACAGCAGCAGAGAAAAUUAAGCGAGAAAAUGGAAUCAGAUAAUCAUAAUAACAAUCACAGCAGUAAUAAUAAUGGCAAUAGCAAUAAUGUGUUAUAUUCAGAAACAGACGAAGAUGAAUCAGAGGAGUAUGAUGAUUUAUCUUUAGGUGGGAAGCAAAAUAAAGCGUCAAUAUCGAGUGUUUCUGCUUCUUCCAUGUACUGUAAUUAUAACAAGACCAAAUACCAACAGAACUAUGAUACUAAUAGAAUAUAUAGGGGUGAAUAUCAUAGAAGAAAUUCCAUUCCUUUUAUAUCAGAUGGAACUAAAAAUCCUCGUGAGGAUAUUUUCAAUUAUCCUCAUAAUGUCACAGAAAAUGAGUUAUACAGAUGUAGCUCAAUGUCAAAAAUACAAGAUGUUGUUGAACAAUGGAAGUUACCAUUCGAUCCUUCCUUAAUUAGAAUGGCAAGGGAUUUAUUAAAAAUUAAAAAUCAAUUAGAAAUAAACCAAGAAGAAGAAUCAGGAGGUCUGUAUAUUCCAGUUGAAAAUUCCACGGAAUAUUUUGAGCAAAAUGAGGAAAUCCAAUUUAUUGAAGUUAAAAAGAAAUUGCAAGAAAAUUAUCAAAAGUAUGCUCAUAACGCAAAAAUAUUUAGAGCAAGACAUGAAGACGUUGAAAAUAGAAAAGAGCUCGUGUUAAGUAAAAUGCACGAACUAGAUUCUCUCUCAUCAAAGUUAAAAUAUAAUAUCCGUGUUUUAGAUAGACGUAUUAGAGAUGUGGAGGAUAGUAUCCGUCAAUUUGAUUCUAAACUGAAAUCUGUUAAGGACUCAUUUUCAAGUAAGUGUAUUUGUCCAUCAUUAGUAUCGGACCCAAUUACAAAUAAAACUGAAUUUGAGAAUUAUGUUAAGCAUUUUAUGGAUGAAGAGCGCGCAAGAUAUCAAUGCAUGGUUAUUAAAUGUCUCCAUCGAUUAAAAGUUAAAGAGUUCGAAAAUACAAUUAAUGUAUGGGUUUCAUGGAUUUUCAAUAAAGUAUUGCAUAGAAAUCACUCCAUUAUUGAGGAUAAGAAAGUUAUUUAG